AUGCCGUUAGAGAAUGAUGAUUGUCUGUUAACUCCAUCUGUGGCUUUGACUUCAACAAGUAUUUCUAAUGGUGGUUCAAGUCAAAUUAUAGCCUGUCAAUCUGGUGACUCUUGUUCGUGUACUGCUUGCUGCCAGUCUGAGCCUUAUAAAAAGAACUAUCUCAAUGUUAAUAAAUGCCUGUGGCGAAGACGUUGCUGUCAACUCCCUGAAAAAACUUCAUUGACCCUCAACAGCUCCGACAGCAACUCUUCUUCCCUUUCCCGGCUUUUAUUUUCUUCAAUUUUAACAACAUUUACUUCAUUUCCUCCAUUAUUCCUCCUCUUUAUUAUUAUUUUUAUAAGCAAUAUCCUUUCUAUACUACCCCCAUUUGUACAAUCUACCCUCAUUCUAGUACCUUCAUCUUCCUACAAAAAUAUCUCAUCAACUUCUUUCUUAAAUUAUGUUCCCCUACAAAAUCAUUCUCGCGUUAAACGACAACAAUGGUGGCCUCAACAACAGCAACAAAUGUGGCCACCAUACCCUCAGCAACAACAAAUGGAACCUUGCCCUCCUCAAUGUUUUGGUUGUCAACCAACAAAUUGUCAGGCUGUUCAGUGUAUGCAGCCUCAAAUGGUCAAUAUGGUUCGUUGUUGUUGUCGUCCUGCUAUGAUAAUACAUCCACAGCCUGACUUGAAGACGGCCUGUGAUGGUGAGGAAGCAGUUGCUGCCUGUAUGAAUGGACUUUGUGGGCAAGGCUUUUUCUGCAAUCAUAGAAAAUUUUGUUGUCGAUGUCCUAUUGGGAAAUCGCUUGGAAAUUGUAUCAACGGCCUCUGCCCGACUGGAUACGUUUGCAAUUCCAACAAUUUUUGUUGUGCUGCAGGCGCUGGGUUUUUAAACUUCCUUUGUUCUUUAAUGUUUAUGAACUUAUUUUUAGUAGUGUUAUUGGCCCUUGCGUCAAUGGUAAAUGUCCUGAAGGAUAUGAAUGUGAAUCUUUGUUAUGCUCGAACUAGCACAACAAACAUUGAAAACAACAACAACCUUUGGGCAGCAGCUGAAGCCCCCAAAACAACUAAACAACCAAUUCGUCAAUUUCCUUUAAGACCACGUAUUGGGGGUUCAGGAUUUGGUUUUGUAGGGAACCGACAAAGAUUAAAUGGAGGUGAUAGGCGAAUAACUAACAGAAAAAGGCACCAACAGACUAAAAAACGAAGGUUGAAUCGUCAAAGAGGAUGGGGUUGGGGAACGGGAGACGAUUUAUUUGAACCUUUUGCUGAUGAUUGGCAACAGGAUGAUGAUAAUGGAGAAGAGGAAAUGGAGGGAGGCGAAGAGGAAAUAGGGGGUGAUGGGGUUUUUGAUUUUUGGGGAUGA